UGCAAAAAAAAUUAUAAGAUUAGAAAAUGGAUCAUCCCUUAAUUUACACAGUGAAGAAAAUCGUCUUUUAGAGUUAAAGAGUGAAGAAAAAAAAACAUUGACGAACACACCAAAAGACUCCAAAACAACACUGAGGGGUAAAAUCGUCAUUUUCAUAUUAUUUGUCGUCUUCGAAAAUACUCAAAAGAGAAGGCAUCUGAGAAACCCAAUCUCUCAUCAUCUCCAAUUCAAUACUUUUUCUUCAUCUCUCCUCUCGACUCAAUCAAACAACUCCUGAUCUUUUGUAAUCAAAUCCCACAUGAAGCGCUCUGCGACCGACUCUUCUCUUGAUGGAGAUUCUCAGAGCGAGAAAAACAAGAAGAUGAAGAGUAGAGAAGAAGAACAAGUAUCUGAAAUCGGAUUCUCGAAUUUAGAUGAGAAUCUAGUGUACGAGGUGUUGAAACACGUCGACGCAAGGACCCUGGCUAUGUCUUCUUGCGUGAGCAAGAUCUGGCACAAGACGGCUCAGGACGAGCGGCUUUGGGAGCUGAUCUGUACGCGUCACUGGGCUAACAUAGGCUGCGGCCAGAACCAGCUCAGAUUUGUGGUCUUGGCUCUUGGUGGUUUCCGUAAACUCCACUCGCGCUACCUCUGGCCACUCUCUAGUCCUAAUCCCCGUGCCAGAGUCAGUAAGGAUCAGCUCAAACUCUCCCUUUCUCUUCUCUCCAUUCAAUACUACGAGAAGAUGAGUUUCCCUAAGAGAUCUCUCCCAAAAAUCUAGUUAAUUUUACUCCUAUCUAAUUCAAGCAUGAGUUCUUAGGCCUAUGGUUUGAUCUCUUGUGUAUUUGGAGUUUGUUAGAUUGAUUAAGUGUGAUUGUGAUGCGAUGAUGAUGCUCAAAGCUGGCAAAAAUAUAUUGUUGUAUCCAUUAAUUAGCCAGUCUGUCAGCUAAUGUUUAUGUUCUGUAAUAAUUGAGGAUGAUGUUGAUGAGUUUAAAUACUUUAAUCGGAUCUGUUUAAAUAAGAUUCGAUUUUGCUUA